CCAUCGGCGUUUUGCCACUAGUUCCUGAGUUUCGGAUCCUCACCAUGUCGGAGACCGCUCCUGCCGCCCCCGCCGCCGCUCCCCCUGCGGAGAAGGCGCCGGCGAAGAAGAAGGCUGCCAAGAAGCCGGCCGGGGCUCGCCGCAAGGCGUCCGGACCCCCGGUGUCCGAGCUCAUCACCAAGGCUGUGGCCGCCUCCAAGGAGCGCAGCGGCGUGUCCCUGGCCGCGCUCAAGAAGGCGCUGGCGGCCGCCGGCUACGAUGUGGAGAAGAACAACAGCCGCAUCAAGCUGGGGCUCAAGAGCCUGGUGAGCAAGGGCACCCUGGUGCAGACCAAGGGCACCGGCGCCUCCGGCUCCUUCAAGCUCAACAAGAAGGCGGCUUCCGGCGAGGCCAAGCCCAAAGCCAAGAAGGCAGGCGCGGCCAAGGCGAAGAAGCCCGCGGGCGCAGCCAAGAAGCCCAAGAAGGCGACUGGGGCCGCCACACCCAAGAAAGCCGCCAAGAAGACCCCGAAGAAGGCGAAGAAGCCUGCAGCGGCUGCUGUGACCAAGAAAGUGGCCAAGAGUCCAAAGAAGGCUAAGGUUGCCAAGCCCAAGAAGGUCAAGAGCGCGUCUAAGGCCGUGAAACCGAAGGCUGCCAAGCCCAAGGUUGCUAAGCCCAAGAAGGUUGCGGCCAAGAAGAAGUAGGCUGUCUUCCUCCUUCCACCCAAAAGGCUCUUUUCAGAGCCACCACUCCCACUUGGAAGAGCUGUGACAUUGGUGUAGCUGUGACAUUGGUGUGAUAGCCCCCUCCUUCCACCUUGUGUCCUGCAGAAGUGGGUUGCGUGCGAUGCAAUCCGGUCGGUGCUCCGUGGGGUGGGGUUCCCUAGCUCACCUAGAACGAUGCUUGCGCGGGCGGCCGAGCAAGCGUUAGGUGCCGGCUGCAACCUUCCGUGGCUGCCAGCAGCAAGGAGCAACCCCUGGCGCCAUCAAUGUUGGGCUGUGGGUGAUUUGAAAGUUCCGCCCUGCUUGCGGGUUGGCUCCCUCCCGCCCCGGCCCUUAGUCCUCGGUUUGAUUGGGCGCCAGUCGGGCUUGCGUUCUCCCGAAGCUUUCGCUCCUUGCGCGAGGAGCGCAUCCCGCACUCGUUUCUAGGGUGGCCUAUGUGCUGGGUCUUCUAAGUGUGCAGGAGGUCGGCUGCCGGCUCCGGAUCUGACUUCCUUUAAAGACCUUACAGCGACAGCAGCGGAAGGGCCCGCCCAGUUAUAUAAGCCUGACCUGGGACUGGUUUUCUACUUUGGGUUUGUUGGCCACAGCAAGGGAAGGGUAGCUCGAACUGCGUCACAACGUUGGUCAGCCAUCUUUUUUCUCUCCCCCCCCCCUCCCAAGUGUACGAUUCAUCGAUUACUGGGCUUGUUUUGCCUCAUUUUGGCACAGGGUCUCAUUUUAGACCGGCAUUGCCUCAGCUUCCUGAAGUGCUUGAGUUACAGAUGCGUGUCGACUCCAAAGACCGACCCCGCAUACAUAGUGAGGCUUCUUGCUAUGCUUUGUGCAGUCCGAAAUGUUUCAGCAAAGUAAAUUACUGGCUCUCUGUUGAUGUAUCGGGGCUGCUUCUAAUAAAAAGCCUUUAACUUUCA